CGCCCGACAGUUUGUUUGUUUUUUAUGAGAACUGUAACCCUAGCACACAAAUAAUUAGUGAGCUAUUUUUAUAGAUCUUCGGAUGCGCGGCUGCGCAGGCGCAAUGCGCAUUGAGUGCAGUUGAAUCAGGUGCUGGGGGUCUUCCUCCACAAUCUUAAUUAGAAUUUACAUUUCGAAGCAGAGUGUGUGUGUGUGUGUUUUGUAUUUGUGCACAUGUUGCACUGCAUUUGAAGAUCUCGUCGUGCACUUAAUCACUUGAGUCGGCACCAUAUGGGGUCCUUUCUUCUAGUUUCUUGUUGUGUGCAUCAGCAGCAUCUGGUGCAUGGCAUAUAGAGCGGUACCGAGCGGUAUAACCUGUUAAUCAGAUAUGUGGAUUGAGCCGAAAAUUAUGCCACAAAGCUGCUGCGCCAGCUGGCACUCCACUCGACUGCGUUUAAUUGACAAUUAAUAAAACUUUUAAUAUGCGCGCAAUUGGCACUGAACACUGAAGUCAGCCCGAUGACAGCUCUGCAUAUAAUGGCUAUGGUUAUGGUAGUGGGGUAUAUGGUGGUUGGAUAGCUGGGUAGCUGGGCAAUUGGAUAAUGCCCACAGAUCCCAGCCAUUUGCCCUGGUAAUUCUUCAUUAAUCAGCUUCGCAAUCAUUUACGUAAAAUGGCAGGAGCGUGGAAAAGCGCAGAGCCACCAAACCUAAUUGCAAGUUAUGAAUAUCUCAUCGGAUAUUAAAUCGAUGGCCGUCGCUUAACUCCGACAAGCCACGACCACGAUGACGAUGGAAAUAAUAAUGAGCAUGAAUGGAUGGUAUGAAUGGGCUGAAUGGUAUCGUUCGUCGACCAUCCAACCGUCUGUAUGUCCGUCCGUUUGUCCGUCCGCUUGUCCGUCCGUUUGUUUGUCCGUGCGGAAGUGGCGACACUUAAUUGCGAAUUGAGUGCGUUUUCAAUUUUUAUUGAACUGCGCCCAGUCGAGCAUUAUGCUGCGGUGUGGUAUCAUUAAAUCCUGCUGCGAAGUAUGCAACGAAAAUGCAAAUUACCGAGACCAGACUGAGUGGGCGUGGCAGUAACUCCGCCGCACUCAUUAGCGGUAUCUACUAGACAAUAACCACCGCCAUAAUCGAUGGAAUAACUUGUCUUCUUUAUCAGUUGGCGCACAUGCAAAAUUAUUCUCAACCCAUCAUCGAUGAAGUCAGUCUUCAGAAGUCAACCCGGUAUUUUGGUAGUAACAGAAAUGAGCGCUAUAACCGUUUUAACAAUUAUUUUGGUGACCUUGCUGGGCCACCGAACCGGUGCCCUGGAAUUCGAGGAGUGUGCCAGUGCCCCACAAUUGGGUGUUUACGUGGCCAGCUCUAGUAAUUGCUCCAAAUACAUAUAUUGCGCCGGUCCCGGAUCCUUUGAGGCCGAGUGCUUGGAUGGACAUUACUACGAUGAGAAAUUGGAACGCUGCCUGGAUCGAAAGUUGGUGACGCGAUGCCAUGAUCCUGUAGACACCACCACCAAAUCUUCGUCGAUGGUUACGAAACCAGCUCAGGAAGCGAUCGAUCCAUUGACGAUUACCCUGCGACUUCUACCCAAUGCCGGACCCUGUUAUCCGUACAUGGUGUGCUACGAGGGGGCUGGACUGGCCAAGGCCUGUACUCCUGCUCAUCUUGUGUCCUGCAACCGUAUGCAAUCCCGAGAAAACAUCAUCAACUGCCAGGAGGGAGUGUAUGGGUUUAUGCCACAUCCACGGCAUUGUGCCUACUUCUACUACUGCUCCAGUGGCUCCAGGCUGAUCCAUCGAUGUCCUUUGAACUAUACUUGGCAUUACGAACGCAGGUCCUGCGUCCAGCAGUCCGAGAAGAUGUGCUACUCCGAAAAGCUUCGGCUCAAUAGAAAUAAAAUGGGAAAGGCCAAGCAGGCGUAUUUCUAA